AUGGCGUAUUUCCAAGGCGGGGACUUCGUGGAGCUCUUGAGCGCGCAGGGCAAGGCGCCUGCCGCCGCGUGGAAGCUGCAGGGUAAGAUCUCCAAAACGUUUGACAAGGGGAUCAGAGGCAAUGCGUUCCAGCUCGACGGCAGCUCGGAGACCAAGAUGCAGCUGCCUAAAGCCGCUUCGUCCUCGCUUGGUCUGGCUCAAAGAUUUGUGAUUAUUCAGCUCUUGGUGCCAUUUACCCGCUCGUUCUCUGUGGAGAUCUGCUUCUCGGACUUCCAGAAGGUGCGUCGCCGAUUCGUCGUGGCCUCAGCGUUUCGGGAGACAGCACGCACAGCUCUGCAUGUCCAGCUCCCCCUCAACGCUGCCGAUGUGCCUCGGGACCAGUGGAUGAACCUCGUGUUCGAUCUGCAAACUCUGUCGGAGGUUCACUUCCCGGACUCAGGCUACCGCUCGAUGGAAUCGCUCUGCAUUGGUGGGAGCUGUCGCCUCAAGCGGAUAUUCACCAUGAAGGACGCCCCUACGCCGUCACGAGGCUCACAGGUUGUCAGACACGCAGAUAUUCGGGAUAUUCCGAGACAGUUCGUGUUCUCGGCAACGCAGCGUGGAGCUAGUGGUGCACUACCGAUUCCGACGCUGUAUUUCGCUAUGGAGCCUGCUUCAGGGAUCGGAGGCGUCCAUGGAGUUGCUGUCACUGUUAACAACAACAGCAGCGCUCCGAAAUCUUCUCGUCGCAGCCAAACAGCGCCGGGGAAAGCUCCGACCAAACAACGCACCAAAGGAGCGCAAGUAGUGCGACCAGGGAGUGAAUUGGUGCAGCGAAGAGCUUUGGUACAGCAACAAGUGGAGCUUCAGACCGAUUCGGACGCCAGCAAAGCGAGUGGCCUGGGCCACCAACGUUUGCGUACGCCAGCCAGAGUGAGCACUACAGGAAGUAAACUUCGCCAGCCGCAAUCGAGAGUCGGGAAGGUGGUGAUGGUGACGAAGGAGGACUAUUCACCACGAAUCGAAUCCCCAUCCUCAGAACUCCGGUCCUCUCGUGGACGUGCUUUUGAGACGCCACAAGACUCAGAACUACCGCAGCCAAAGAGUGCGUCUUCUGAUCAAGAGAACAGACCCCACGACGCCAAGAAGGAAGAAAUGGUACUUGCAGCAACACCAGUACAAGUCCCAGAUCGGGCUCUAAGCCCUCCAAACAGCGUGAACUCCAGCAUGAUGGCGUCUCCAAACGCGAAGGACUUGCGGAGUGGCGAGCGAAGUCAAACUCUUCGUCAAUCCAUCUUGGGGGAGAUUCAACAAAAGCUCGCGAGUUUGGAGGAUGAGGACGAGAAAGCGGAUGAGCGAGACAGGGAGCUGUUUCUGCGGCACACAUCACUGCACAGUGGGGAAUGGUACCUGCAGCAGCUCCGUGACGAAGAUCUAAACGACGAUGACGGGCCUCUACUUUUAGACGAUGAAGACGAUCGUACUCAACUGAGCUCGUCCUGGAGACGAGAAUUGAAUGACACGAACGCAAACCUCGCGAUCCCCUCUUCAGAUGACACGCUACGUCGUAGUCGCGAUGAUACAACGGAUAAGGACUCCAUUUUCUCUUUCUCGUCUAUGGUAAAGUCGAGAACGAAAUCGACUGGUAAAAGUUCGUCUAAGUUGUUCGACUUCGACUCUCUGCUACAAGACGUGAAACCAUUGGCGCCAUCACUUGACGACGACAAAGCUCCACGUCUUGAUGAUCUGCACGCGCAGCUUGAAAAGAGUAUCAAUCACGCCAUUAGUGACGCAGAAGAUGAUGCCGACGAGCAGGAACUUGUGAAGCUGCUGGCGGCAAAACGAUCUGCGAGAGAGCUAUUGCCGCGGUCUGCAGGCAAUAGUCAAGGUAACGAGGCCGAAGUAGUGAACGAGCAUAAGCGAGGUUCAAAUGAGGAAGAAUUUGCCAGCGAACCAGUUGACGAGGCCAGGAAAGACUUGACGCCAGCCGAACAGGACCAGGGACAAGCGAAUGAAGACAAGGAAUGGCGUUUGAAUCGACAAGGUGGUGACUCUAAGUUUGAUGCUGGACAUGGAGACACCGGACUAUCGAUUGAUCUAACCAGCGAGCUUAGUGCUAGCGGUGGGGGGAGUGUCCACGAUCCCGACGAAGAUGGCGACUGCGAGAGCUCAAUCGGUCAUGCAAGUCCAACGAGUCCUCAGCUUAUUGAGUCCAAACCUGAGAAUGACGACGACAGCAGUAAAUCGUUGCAUGAUGAGGACGACGGCGAUGACUCGAGCUUCGACUUCGAGGAUCUGGUGGAAGAUGCUGCAUCGAGCGAUAGCCGUUUUGAAGAUGACAGAGCAACUGUCCUCGAAGAAACCAGCACCCCCACGAAAAUCAACGUGCCAGCCUUGACCAACCAGCAAAAAUGGUACCUGCAAAGUCUCCGUUGA